AUGCUGGCUCAGGACUGUCCCAGUAAACAAGACCUACAGAACUCCAUUCAUCAGGUUCACAAACUGCUUUCAGCGCAGGAAGCUUCAUAUCUGCAGAGUCUUCGCACUUUGAGAAAGAAACUGAGCUUGCUGCAGGACAGCGUCGCAGGACGGCCCACUAAAGCCAAGAACUCUACUUGUCCUGACCUGGAUGCUCCUGUCAAUGGAAGAAAGCUGGGCAAGAUUCUGUUUCCUGGUCAUGAAGUUCACUUCCUGUGCGAUGUGGGCUUUGAGCUGGUGGGUUCAGAGACGCGGCAGUGUAAAGAUUCGCUCAGCUGGAGCGGACAGCAGCCUGUCUGCAGAGAUAUCGACGAGUGUUUUUCAGCACCGUGUGCCAACAGAGGGACAUGUGCAGACGAGGUCAAUGGAUUCAGCUGCGUCUGUGCCACGGGCUGGGCCGGACCCACCUGCCAGUCUCCAACUCCAACAUUUUUUGUCACUGUAGCGAACCAGUCUCCUGUCAGCGCUGGAGCCGCGUCUGCGUUCAUCCGUCCGUCCAGAUGCAGUCUGGUUCAGGGAACGACCCACUGCACCUGCGAGCCUGGAUUCACCAUCUCCGGCCGCGACAGCAGCGUCUGCACAGACAUUGAUGAGUGUAAACUGUUCCACAACGGGCCGGCCGGCCGUCUGUGUUUGCACGCGUGUGUUAACACCGCUGGAGGAUACCGAUGCAGCUGCCCUGCUGGCUACAGCGUGACCCCUGACGGCCGCAACUGCAAAGACAUCGAUGAGUGCAGCAGCAGGCAGAACAACUGCACGCGCGAGCAGCUCUGCAUCAACACCUACGGAGGAUUCCAGUGCGCCACAGUCGAGUGUCCGCCGAUACGGAACGCCACCUACGUCAAAACAUCUCCAGUGCGCUGCGAGAGGAACCCGUGUCCCGUGGACAGCAGGAGCUGCUCUCAGGCGCCGGACUCCGUGUCCUUCCACUACAUGUCCGUGGUGUCCAAGCUCUCGGCGCCGCGCGUCAUGUUCCGCCUGUCGGCCGUCAGAAUCACAGGAGACACGCUGCGGUUCGCGUUACUGGGCGGCCGUGGCCGGCGGCACUUCAGCGUGCAGCGCUCCGAUCGCCAGACGGGGGAACUGCUGCUGACCAGUCCUGUCCAGGGUCCGGCCACGCUGGACGCAGAGCUAGAGAUGACUGAACUGGACAAGAGAGAACUGCUGGGACGCUACAUCACCAAAAUCACCAUCUUCGUCUCACCAUAUGAGUUUUAGAGUUCAGCCAGAGACAUUAAUAUCAAGUUAUUUACAUUCAGAAGAAAUCCGGCUAGUUAAAGCAUUCUUGCAUAUAUUUUGAAACACAGACUGAAACGGUUUCUCUUACUCUGGAAAACUGCUUGACCAAUCAGAUCAGAGGAUCAGAUCCAGCAGCAAUCAUAACUGUCCUUAAAGCUAAAUGUGUGUAUGUAGUUGGACAUAUUUAUCAUAAUGAAUAUAGUUGUCAUACAACAUGAUUAAUAUAAGAGGGACCAUAAUCAUCCGGUGUAGCCUGUAUUUAUUUUGAGCUUGGACCAAUAACUAAGAAUAUACUUAUUGUACUUUUUCAUUCUAAUGUACACA